GGGCAAUGUGACAAAGGAUAGAGUGCAGGUCUGGGUCUGACUGCUGGAGAAGCUCUCUCAAUAGUAUCAGGGAGGAGAGUCAGCUGCAUGGAGGUGGAUACUGGCUGGAAACAGGAGGGUCUAAACUGCUAGACAGAGAAUACCAGGAGAGCAGGCUCACCUCCUGUGACUCUCAGACACAUCAAGGGGACAGGUGACUGUAUUUUUUUUGCAUCUAUGUGUGAUCACAGCAAGGAGUGUGAGGCCCAGGAAAUGGAGCAAUGGGUACUUGAGUCUGGAUACAAUCUUUCAAUAUAAAACAUCAGUUAAUCAGAGGACGUGCUGCACUAUAGGACAUCGAAUCCCCCGGGAAAUAAUCUGUAUUUUCUGGGAAGAGGAUAUUGUAUAAACCCCUAUUGGACAAAAUGGAUCCUGUUACAAAGUGGACCCCAACUCAAGUAGUGGACUGGAUGAAAGGUACGAGAUGAUAUGCUUAACAUUUUCUGAUGUGUGUUUUUUUUUCAAUCUACUCAGUGAUCUCAUGGUUAUGUUAACCCCUUGCGUGCCAGACAGGGACGAGGUCGUGGGUAGGUGGGAGGAGGAGGUGAUCAACUUGUGUAUUGUCAGUGAAAGCGUUUCUAGCCUUGUUUAGCUUGCUAUUCUGAAAGCCUGCUCCAAAUGAGAGUUUUUGGGAGGUGCUUGCAACUUACUGGGAGAGCCACCUCAAGGUUACAGUGGAACCUGAAUCUCAACUUAGACUGAGGACAUGAAUGUAAUGUGUGCCCCUGUUCAGGCAGCCCUCACUUUAUAUACUGUUCUGUUUCCCCCAAACAAGCAUGUAGGCCCCUUUACAUAAACUUUAUGUAUCAUAUGUUUUACAUUUUCAUUGAAUGUAGAUAAAGCAACAAUUAUUUAUUUGAAGUCCAACAUUUUACACUUGCAGUAUUGGCUACUGCUGUCCCUAUUUAAUUCAUCUUUCACUCAUUGGUAUAUCCUUGUCACUCUAUGCCAGUGUGUUAUUUUUAUUUAUUUACCCCUCUGUUUCAUAAAAUCGAUUUACGCGAAAACUAAGCAUGCUGAAGAAACAUGGACAAAACAUAGGGUAAAAAAACCCAUUAGAUUACAGAUUGUGACAAAUAAAUAAAAUAGUCAUGAUUAAACUAAUGAUAAUUUAUAUUAUAAAAGUUUACAAGGGUAUUCAACAGGUCACCCUCCCAGAGCCAGAUGUGGAGUUGAUCAAUUUAUAAAUUAAAUAAUUUUUUUUUAAAAUAACACAUGUCCAAUAAUAUUCACAUCAGUAAGAUUUCAUUGUUAUUAUUAUUAUUAAUAUAUAUUUUUUUAAUUAAAUUUAUUUAGGCUGGGAUCAUAGCAGCAAACUGAGCAGACUCGUGAACUCCAGUAAUUUAAAAAAAUACAUUUAGGAAAGCGUAUAAUUUACUAUUACAAUAGUCUGUGCAUUUUAAUUAGAAAUGACAAUGUAAUACAUAUUCAUAAUAGUAUGUAUUAUCCUCUAGUAACCCCCCUCCCCAGCCCUGCUCAUGGUAAACACUGCAUUGAAUCUGGGUCCUGAAACAUGCAGAUUUGGGAGGCCUUUCUGUCCUAACUUGUCUGCCAAAGCUUCUCUCGCCAGCUGCUAGAGGUCUCUGUUUAUACAUGGAACGCGUGCCUCUCUCUUUCUCUGCUAGUAACUUUAUAAGUUACUUUUGUACUGACAUUUCUUGAUACAUAGAUGCUACGUUGUUAUUUAAAAAGCAUCCAUAUUUUCUGCAAGCAUUUCCAUACACUAGAAUGGGCUGCAAACCAGAAGUCCUUAUAGUAAAUUCAUGUUUAUUAUAUAGUUUCAGUACUAAUCGUAUCACACUAUGACAUUUAUAAUUAAUCUGUCACUUGUCAGUUUUCAUAGAUAUAUUCUUUAUGAAAUAAUGACCAAGACUGCAUUAAAAUUUCAUUGAAAUUCCAACGCGAUCCAAAGAUACCAUAAGACAAAAGCUUGAGGUUGACAAUAGCUGACAAAAGGCAGAGCUCCACCAUCAACUUUUGUCCAAUUCCAACAGUUGUCACAAAUGAUGGCGGUGGAAUUCAGACUCUUUCUAUGGAGGAUCCCUUGCACUUAUUGGAUCUAACGUAGACCUCAGUGUUGUACUCUCGUGCAUGCCAACCCUUUCUCCCCCCUUGUCCACCUACUGCUACCCUCUGUAGUACAGCACUCCCUUGUUUUCAUGUUCAGCAAUUGGGAGGUGGAUGGGCUUUAGGAGCAAGAUGAGCUAUCACUCAUCUCACAUCUGACCCUGCAGGCUGAGCACUGUAAAGGCUGCCUUUUCAGAGAAAAGGCAGUUUUACAUUGCUGCCUAGUAACAUCUCUAGUGGCUGUCACUCAGAUCGCCACUAGAGGUGCUUCCUGGGUCAGUGCUGGACAGUGUGCAGCACUGGCGUUCAGCGUCUCCACGCUCUGCAUGAUUCAAUGCAUCUCUAUGAGGAGAUACUGAAUGGCGUGGCUCUGUAUGCGCAGUAUAUUAAUGAUUUCAGCCACAGAGGCAGAGCCAGGCGGGACCAGUCGCUGCAAGACCGGUGCGGCAUGGUAGAAAAGGUGUUUAAAGCUACUUUUAAUUUCCAGAGAUAGAGGGAUCUUAUCCUGCAUUCCAGCACUAUAGUGUUAGGAAAACAUGUUUGUACUUUAAAACUAUUGUGUUCCUUUAAACAUCUUAAAUCUAAAUACAUUUUUAGAGUUCAUUCUCUAAACAAUAAGCUAUUGAGGUCACAGCCAUUACGAAGUUGUGGCUAGCUUGGCUAAUUUAACUUAGACUUUGCAUUUGGUUAUCCGGUCACUGCAACUCUUUGUUUAGUGACUGCAGCUUUGUGCAGUUAUUUUUAGAAACAGGGCCAGCAAAGUAAGUGAGAAUUUUGCAUGCUGCAUGGCCUGUGCUUAUGAAAUAACAAUGGAAAAUGUUCUCACUGUAUAAAACUCAUGUCAACUUAUUUUAGCAAUGAGAUGACCAGAUUAGAUUGGAAUCCUCAGUCUCCUAAGCCUUGUGGGAACUUUUUUCUUGCUGUAAAGAUGUCUCCCACUCAUUGGCUAGGGGUGGACAGCUGUCAUGACUAGAUGUGUUGUAAAUAAAAUCUUACGAAUAUGAGUUUUGCUACAGAUGAACAAGGCAGGGUUGUAAAUUUGUCUCAUUGCCAUUAGGUGAUAUUUUAGUCGCUAUUACCAUAUCAGCAUAUUUAUGCUUAGAGAACAUUAUAUCUGUCCUAUGCAUAUUGAAAUCAGUUCAUGGUAAAAAUACAUUUACACUAUCAGCCACAACAUUAAAACCACUGACAACUGAAUAUAAUAACUUUGCUUAUAGUGUUACAAUGGCACCUGUCAAGGGGUGUGACAUAUUAGGCAUCAAGUGAACAUUCAGUUCUUGAAUUUCAUGUGUUGGAAGCAGGAAAAAUGGGCAAGCAUAAAGAUCUGAGUGACUUUGACAAGGGCCAACUGGGUCAGCGCAUCUCCAUAUGGCAAGUCUUGUGGGGUGUUCCAGGUAUGCAGUGGUUAGUACCUACAAAUAGUGGUGCAAAGAAGGACAAGUGGUGAAAAGGUGACAGGGCUAUGGUCGCCCAAGGCUCAUUGAUGCACUUGGGUAGCGAAGGCUAGCCCAUCUGGUCCAAUCACACUCAAGGUCUACCGUUUCUGAAAUUGCUAAAAUACGUAAUGCUAGUCAUUAUAGAAAGGUGUCAGAACACACCAUGUAUCGCAGUUUGCUGCGUAUGGGUCUGCAAAGCUACAGACCGGUCAGAGUGCCAAUGAUGACCACUGUUUACCCCUGUCGAUCGCCAAAAUCGCUUUUAGUAUGAAUGUGAGUUUCAAAUGUGGACUAUGGAUCAAUGAAAAAAGGUUGCUUGGUUUGAUAAGUCACAUUUUCUUUUAAAGCAGGUGAAUAGAUGGGUACAUGUGCAUUGUUUACCUGGGGAAGAGAUGGCAGCAGGAUUCCACAUUGGGAGAAGGCAGGCUGGUGGAGGCAGUGUUAUGCCGGGGAAAUGUUCUGUUGGGAAAUCCAUGUGGUUACUUUGACAUGUACCACCUACCUAGAGGUUGUUGCAGACCACAUACACCCCUUCAUGGCAAUGGUGUUUCCUAAUGGCAGUGACCUCUCUAAGAAGGAUAAUGCACCCGCCACACUGCAAAAAUUGUUCAGGAAUGGUUUGAGGAACAUGACAAAGAGUUCAAGGUUUUGCCUUGGCCUCCAUAUGCCUCAGAUCUCAAAUUAAUUGAGUAUCUCUGGGAUGUGCUGAAAUCAAUGUGGAGGCCCCACCUCACAACUUGCAGGACGUAAGGAAUCUGCCCCCAGUGGCAGAACUACCAUGGUCACAGGGGUCGCAGCUGAGACCAGGCCAGUCACUCCAAGGGGCCCUACGGAUCCCUGCCCGCCGGGGCCGCUCAUUCAGGGGCCAUCGGGUGGCCCAUGCUGUUAGGGCCACCAAUGCUAUGUAUUUCCAGGGGCUUUAACAGCGCGACCGGGCCUCCUUUGAUGUGGUCAGAGGCUGGGAGGAAUUGACUGCCCCGGUCACUCCUCCAAGCUUGCACUGGGAGCCACGCGGGAGGAGGAAGGAGAGGAGGGAGUCUGAGUGGGAACUCUGACUCCCAUCAGGCUGAGCCACUUGACCCCAGGGAACGUCACCCUCCUGCACCUAAAAGGUAGGAAACAGGAGGGUGACAACCAUUUUCUAUGUGUCUGUAUACAUGUGUGUGUGUUUGUGUAUGUGUGUCUGUAUGAAUGUUUCUCUGUGUGUGUGUGUGUAUGUCUGUGUGUGUAUGUCUGUCUAUGUGUCUGUAUGUAUGUGUCUCUGUGUGUGUUUGUAUGUAUGUGUUUGUGUGUCUUUGUAUGUAUGUGUCUUUGAGUAUGUGUGUGUCUCUGUAUGUGUGUGUAUCUAUAUGUGUAUCUGUUUACAUGUGUGUGGGGGGGAGGAGACAUAUGGGAAGGGGAUGGUAGACAUAUGGGGGGAGGGUGGCGAGAAGGUAGACGUAUGGGGGAGUGACCCAGGGCAGUUUUCGCACUGGGGACCUGUAGUUUCUAGUUACAUCUUUGCUGAUAAUGUCUUGUUGUUAAAAGGACACAUUCUGCACCAUCCCCUAUCCACAAAUAUAGUACAGUCACUAUCCUCCCCACCACACAUACUACUGCCUCUAUCCAGAUACACAUACAGACAGACUAGACAAUCCCAUUUAAAACACACAUUCAACCCUUACAUGCAGACAUCACCACAAGUAGCUUACCACACACACAUAAUACCACAAGCAACCUCUAUACACAUGUUCACGUUCUUAAGUAGGGCUGUACAAAUGGGCUGCCUUGGAAGGAGCAUUGAGUUGACAUUCCUCUUUGGGGUGCUUGUGUGCCAAUGGUGACAUAGCAUGCCUCCUCUUUUUGAACUGUUCAGAAUUUUUGCAAGCCCAGAUUAUCAUAUUAGCCAUUUAUAGUCUUCAUCAGUAAGGUAUGGCUGAAACCCCCUACAGCCUAGGCAGAGAAAGGCGUGACCUUUUAGGCCUAAGGAAAGUCUAAGAAUAUGCAAAUAAACGCAGAGAAAAAUGUAAGAGACACUUAAUGAAAAUAGACAAAAUUGUUCUCGUCUGCCCUCUGGGUAUUCAUUCAAUUAGGUGGUCUCAAACAUAGUUUGACUGGGGUUUUCAUUAGGUAGUCAGCACCAUCUCUGCAUGACAGAGAGAGUCACCGAAGACAAUUGUCUCCGCCUCCCACAGGCACCAUCAAUCAGGUAGGGUAUUAUGUCGGACUUAAAUCCUUUUAACAUGUAAUUAUUCAUCCAACAUUAUGUAUUCCAGUAGCAGAUAUUUAUGCCGUUUUGCUGGCAAUUAUUUGAUGAGCAUGAAACAAUGGUUCUCAUUUAAAAUUAUUUUAUAGUGUAACAAGUUGCUGUUUGCACAUUUUGUAUCUUUACUGUCCUUACCCUCCCUCUGGCAUAAACUAUAUAUCUAUUUUAAAAACUUUCAGAACUGGAAAAAAAGUUUGAAACAGUACAGAUAUUGUUAUUUGAAACUAGGUAAUGCCAAAAAGCAUAUUUUCCCCCUAUUUUGUAAAAUCUCAUCUAAUCAAAAUUUGAAAGGAGAAAAGUAAAUGAUUUGUGCCACAUGUUAUGUUUUCCUUUGGAAAGCUGAUAAUGAAAACUUUGUUGUAGUGUUAAAGAAGCAUAUACAUGACAGAACAUAUUUACUUAAAAAACAAUCAUGACUGACAGUGUUAAAAAGUGCUGCUAACUUAUAAAAUGCUUUAUUUUACCCUAACAAUGUACUUGUUGUCUUCUGAAAAAGGCAUCGUUUACAUGUGGCAUUCCAUAACAGAUGCAUUUAACUCACAGACAUAUGCUUCUCAGAAUUAUUCUCUCUUAAAAGGACAAGAACAGUACAAAUGUACAGUUUUAAUUUGUUUCAGGCCUUCCAUCCUCUGGGAAAAAUUAUAUGUUAAAGGUAUUCGAACUCUGGGAAUGUAGACUGUUGUACUCGGUCUGUCAGCCCACAUUUUCAUUAUCCACGGUUAUGUCACUGGGAUUAUAGGAAAGUUUGUUACUUAUUCACUAAACAGUGAUUUAGUAACAGACUUGCAAAACUAAAGGGACACUGUAGGCUCUUUAACAACAUCAUCUUAUUGAAGCUGAUAUAGUGCCUGCAGUCCUGCCCUACAUCCAAACUCCCGAAACUCAAUAUUAAACUAAGUAGAAUGCUUGGAAGUGGGGCUGCAAGUGACGUCUCUUAGCCCUCUGGGGCUCCCAGUUUCCAUACCAUAACAUAUCGUGAGGUCACGCGCAAGUGCCAUAGACAAUCAUUGAAUACAGUGAUUCUGUAUGGAGGAAUUGUAGUCGCAUCACGGCGAGUGCUCAUUGAAUUGGAUUGGUUUGAGGAGGAGGUCAAAGCAGCACUGAAGUAGACUUGGCGAGUAAUGUGUUUGUUUAUUUUUUUCCCAGAUUUUUCCCCCCAAAAAUUGUGCAGAUGGGGACGAUAAGAAAAUAUUAAGAGGCAUCAGGACUGUAGCGUUAGGAACACAGAUAUGUUUCUAAAGCUACAGUUUUUCUUAAGGCUAAAAUAACUAUUUACAAAUAUUUGUUACCUUAGCCCAAAAAUAAUAAUUUUUUUAGUUUGCCUAAAUUGGCUUAAAAUGUACUGCUUAGUUAAUGAAACUUUAGAUUUGGUGACUGUCCUCUUGCCAUCAAUCAACUUUUUCCCUUUGAGUUAAUUUUUUUGGUAGCUUGGAUGGAAUUCCAAAUCACAAAUCAAAAUGAACAUGGCAGUCCAUUGUGAAUUUCAUUUGGUUUGUGAUUUGGCUACAUUUUGGUUCAAAGUUCGGAAAUUUGUACAAUCAAAUGAUCACCCCAGAUUUGGACAAAUUGCAACAAAAGAAUCUCAGUCUAGUGCUGAGUUUUAUUUUGAAAUAGCAAUGAUAUUAGGGCUUACAAUUUAAAGCCCUAUGUUACUACCAGGCCUUAAAGGUAAUUUGCCACUGUAAGCCAUAGCAUACCCACCAGGGCUAACUUUUCACUCACCAGUGGCUAGUGGCAAGUACAAAUUUUGUUAUCUAAUUCAAAUGACUUUUAGUGCAAGUGCAUCUUUAAAGGGACACACUAAGCAUCAAAACCUUUUCUCAUACAAUAUAACAUGCUGCCAUUUCUGAGAAACAGCAAUGUUGAGAUUGACUAGAGGUGCUUCCUACUUACAUCCUUUGAUUUGAAAAGAUUUCAUGCUCAGCGUUGUCAUGCCCAGCAAGAGGAUGCCAUGUACAGCUCAUGCUUCUCAUGAAUGAUAAUCUCACAGUUGGUGGAUCAGGCUGGAGAGCAGAGUUUUUCUCUGCAUUGGAUUACGGCCAAAUUAUAUUUUGCAACUAUAUUAUAAAGGAAUACAUCUUCCUUCUAAAAUAAAUUAUUAUAAUUUUUUUUAUUUUUUAUAUUAGAGUGUUCCUCAACUCUUAGGUUGGCAUAUUCAUCUUGAAUUAAGAGUCCCGUCUCAGCUUACUACCCACAAAGAGCACAUCAGGGGCAGUAAGCGUUCCACUUCGUCCAUUUAAAAUGUUGGGAUGUAUGCAUACGUGCCUCCUUUUCAGAUGGCCAUAUACACCUCUGAUCCCAACCCCCUUAAAGCCCACCCAUAUCUUUUGUACCUCCCAUGUUUUGAGGCAUUCAUUAACACAUCUGUAAUUCAUAUAAUUACUGGAACACACCAGUGAAUAAUUACCACACAUUUUAUGCCUAAUAGCAAUAUUGCUACAUGAAAAAAGCAACACAUUUUGAAUGUGAUAUUUCAGCCACUCCUUGGUCUCUCAUAUGAUGUUGUGUAAACCUGUUCUUAUUCAUUCCUCUGUACGGUGAUGUAAAUAUUCCUGCAUGAGCAAUAGCACCUCCAUUUUCCACUUGAAAAACAAAAAAAUCAAUUAGAAGAUCAACUCAGCAGUGGAGUAUAAGGAAAAUGUACAGGUGUAUAAAUCUUGACUGGUGUCUCAUCACUUCCAAAUGGGGAAUUGAGUCAAAGGGAUGGAAACUGCACAUUCAUUUACACAUACAUAUUCACACACAAUUUUAUUCACUCAAACUCAAACAUUCAUUUAAAUACAUUGAUACACAUACACACAGACUCGUACACAAACACAAAUGUAAAAAAAAGACACACAGAUUCGUACACAAAUGCAAACACUUUUUACCAUUUUUUUUUUACCACAAAAGGGAGCUGGAGUAAAAGCUCAUCCCUGGAAUCUAGUGCUUCCCUGUUGUUAUCUCUCAGUUGAUUCCCCAGCUCUGAACUGCGCUCAGUGAUGGAGUGGCGUCACAUACUGGCUCCCAGUAUCAAUACAGAGCACUCGAGGGAGCUGGGUGCUAAGUACAGACGGAUCCUUGCAGCCAGCCAACAUUGCCCAUUUUACAGCCAAAUACUAUAGCACCAUAGCACACACCUAUCCCACCAGCAAUGUGCCGGUAGGCAGGUGCCUGCUCUGUCAAGAGGUGGUGCUCUGUGUACCCCACUGCUUCCUUUUACCUAGGGUGGACUUCCUCCCUUAGCAGGCUGCUAUAUAUCUGGAAUUUUGUAAUGCUGUGUCUUAGGUGGGCUAGGAUUACAAAAACAUCUUAUGUUGAACACACUCGUCAAAAAGGCUGUAUUUUUUAUAACAUGUUUUAAACCUGGGGGAAAUAGCAUUAUACUAGAAUCAAUAACAGUUGUAUACAUGCUUGCAAAAAAUAGGUUUGCAAUGGUAAAAUGAAUAUAGAGCAACAGGAGCUGUGCUACUGAGUUGUUGAGCCAGUUUUGCUAAUAAUUACCUUGUGUUAACCGUCUUGCCAUUCUACACCAGCAUGAAUUUAAAUAAUGUUUUUAAGUUCUCACGGGACCCAGUGUGUUUUCCAAGUACACUCUGUAUUGUUUGCUCUUAAAUAUAUUUUUUAAUCAAAAAUAUUUCUCACUGUUGUAAAAACAUUAAUCGUUUUUAUAUAAAACCAACUAAAUUUGUUUAAACAACCAAAAUUCUACAUAACUGAGUAAAGUAAAUUGUACAUUUUAGGCCAAAAUAAUAAAAUUCUGUAACUGUUGUUUUCCCAGUUCAUCUAACUAAGGAAUUCUUCUGUUAAUUCUUCACAAUUCCUUGUUUGUAUAUUGGUAGUGAAAAUUUGUUCUAUUUUAUCGUUAUUAAAUGUAUUACAUUGUGAUGAGAUUGGAUUGGUUUUACUGGCAACCUAUUAACCUAUGGUUAUCAAAACUGUUUGUGCUGUAAAACUGCACCCGCAAUACAUGGACUAUGGGGUAUGUAACACCUGAUACUUUCUCCCAUGAUUGACAGACAGUGCUGAGACACUAGUUGUGUUUCGGAGCAGCUGUCAUGUUGACAGUUGCUCGUGUAAACAAGACUACAAGGGCAGAGUUCAUCCUAAUCUUAUUAAUAUAUAUGAUAUACUGAUUUCAACAUUGAAAUCCAUGUCACGUAAAUUUCAAAGGUCCUUUUUAAUGUCCUGAUUCAAUCCAUAUAUUUUGCUAAAUAAUUUUUUAAGAUUAAUAUUAUUUUUUGCCCAAAUCACAAUAUAGUCCCUGAAGACUUGAUGCCUGCAUUGACUACCUUCCAUAUUUAAAAUUGGCAGCUUUAUAGAGCCCUGCUGUUGUUUUAUAAGUAGGGCAUUCUGUUUUUUAAUAGGGUAAAAAGUUUUAUAGCUGCAUGGACUGACAAUUGUUGCCAUAAGUGGUUAAACAUGCUUUAUUGUAUUAUUUUUAUAUUUAUCUCUUUAGCACCAAUAUCCCAUUUAUUAAAGUACAUAUAUACAUAUUACUAGUAAAAAUCCCCAGUUUUGGCUCAUUCUGGAACAUUAUCCAAUUGAGAUAACACAGGUCCGCUCAAAUAAACUGUGAUAAAAAUAAAUUCACAUCAGCGAGCAUUUUGUGGUUUGUAACAAUUAUUAUAGGGUUAAUCCAACCUUGGUAGGAGUAUGUAUGUUUAGCAUUUUUGCUGAACAUACUGAUAUGUAUUUAUUUUUGUGGCGGGGCUAGUUGCACCCCCCCAACACAUGUGACUUAGGAAGCCCAAAACUCUGUGCUGGGCUUCCUAAUGUGAAUUCUGUGCAAAAAAUAAGUAUGUUGUCAUCUCUGCCCACUGGCAAUAUAAUUAAUUGGUCAGCUUGUACCUUUGCAGGCAGUGCCUACAAGGGGAAGCUUAAAUAUGCCCUCUGAUCCUGCCAGUCCUCCAACUGCCCCCUGUUUUUUAUUGGUCCGUUUUUGGUUUUUACCCUUCCUUUCCUUGAACAAACACCUAUUCCCUCUAUCUCUUAGCCGGGGAGAAAGGUCCAAUCAAAUGCUUCUCUAUGAAAAGCAUUUGAUUGACCCUCGAGAGGAAGGCAGUCACGUCAACAGGUCAGUGGAAACCAGUUUGGGGAGGUUUGCCUCGUGCUGGAUUCCAGGUAAGUUUAUUCUUUAUUUUUAAGCUUUUAUAAGGGAAGGGGACCUAUUUGCUAAUGCCCGAUAGGUCAUUGAGAAUUUAAAAAAAAUAUUGAGAAGGGAAACAUUAGAGGAAUGUUCUAUUUACAAAAACUACUUCAAAAAGCUAAAGUAGUUUUGGUUACUAUAGUGUCCCUUUAAUGAUAAAAUAAACAGUUUGGCACGUUUUGGUGGCAGCAAUUAUAAUGAUUCAUCAAAGUGUGUUAUAUUCUGUUUACAUGCACAGGGACCUUUCAGCCUGUGUUACACCUAAUAAAGCUUGAUGAAUCGUUCCCAUAUAUAUGUGAAAACUUGCAGAAGUACAAUAUUUUUGAAAGAUUUAUUUCAUGUAAUUAUUAUUGGGGAAAUAUUAAUGACCUAUCUGACUAAAUUGCUUUGUGCUUACUCUGAAACAUGGCUAUUGGCAACCAUUUGCUGUAAGUGUGCAAUUAAAUAGUUAUAAUAAUAAAAAAUACAAAAGCUGUUUCUUUCUGAAUGAAUAGGAAAACACACUGUACUGUAUGUGAGGAAAUAACAUACAUUUCAUGGGGCACACAACUCUUGCCAUGACCUUCCUUCAUAUUAAAGGAACACCUCAAUGAAGUUCUCUAUGUGCAGUGACCUGUCAUUUAAAUUUUUUUUAAACAAGUUUUUAGACUUUCUUCCUGACAGAAUCUAGGGGAGCUUCCUCCUUCCCUAGUAAUACGUGGUUUGGGAAUAAAGUGCUGCUGUUAGCAGAAUUCGAUUGGAGGAGUGCAUCAUUUGCCCUUGCAGAGAGGCGUAACUAGAAACCACGGGGCCCCGGUGCGAAAAUUGUCCUGGGCCACCGCCCCAUACAUCUACCUCCUACCCCACACAUCCCCGCCCACCCCCACACACUCAUACGCACACUCAGACAUAUACACACGUACACACACACACACACACACACUCACAGACACACAUACACACUCACUCACAGAUCCAUACACUUACAGGCACACACACUCACAGACACACACAUACACACACUGAGACACUUUCAGACACACACACACACUCACAGACAAACACAUACACACACACUCAGACACACAUACACUUACAGAUACAAACACAUUCAGACACACACAUACACAUACACACACACAUAUUCAGACACACUCACAGACACACACAAAUUAUUAAUAUUAAAUGUCCACUCAAUCUCCCUACCUGGAGAGCUGGCGUGGAUCUGUCCCUGGGGUCCAGUGGGGCUUCACUGUGGUGGGCGGCAGAGUUCCUGUCAGACGCGGCAUGGGAGCCGUGUUCUCUCUGCUCUGCUCCCUCGCAGGCUGUCUACUGAUGCUGGGAGCCAGAAUAUGACGUCAUAUUCUGGAUCCCGGCAUCAGCAAACGGCGCGUGAGGGAGCAGAGAGAACACAGCUCCCUCGCCGCGUCUGACAGGAACUCUGCUGCCCACCAGGGGGGUCCAUUAGUUGGCCAGUGGGCCACCUCUUGGGCCCCCCUAUGACAGGGGGAACAUGGAGGGGGCUGCAUAUAGGCAGCCCACGGUCGCAGUGGUCGUGGCUGUGGCCGGGCCCCAUCCAGUAAGGGGCCUUGUCACAACUGCAACCCCUGCGACUGUGGUAGGUACGCCACUGCCCAUGCAUGCCUAGUUCCAAUCCAUUACUUCUCUGUGAUAAGCAGUGGACUGGAGGAGAUCGCAGGAGAUGUCACAGAAGGGAACAGAAACACGGAACCUAUAGUCCCAAAAUAAUGGUUGUUAUUUUUGGGACUCUUUGGUUUCUUUUAAAGGCAACCACAAAUGUAUUAUAUAUCAGUUUGUUGCUCCUAUUGUUUUAGAUAGGGUAAAGCUAGGAAUAUGUGGAUGUCUUGUAACAAAAUUGAAGUGAUAUCACAAAGACAGGGGGAAAAGUAAUCCUGACAGGAAAAAAUAUCUUUAACUUUUCCAAACAUUCCCAAGAAGUUCCCAUUUUGCAUGGCUGCAAAUGACUCUAGGAGGUGAACAUUCAGCACUGGAAACAGAAAGGAGGUGUGUGGCACAGGUGACCCAGGCUCCAAGGAGUAUCAUAAGGCAUUUGUUAGCAUCUGGCAUUUCUUACAACUCCAUUUUUUUUUUCUCUAAGCAUUGUUUACUCUAAUGAAUUUGUAAAAUUUGAUUUGGAGUUGGUAACAUAGGAUGCACUAUAGCACCAUAAAUAGUAUGUAAAAGGGAAACUCCAAGCACCAUCGAAACUAUGGCUUAUUUUAGUGAAUAGAGUUCUAGGAAUUUGCCCUGAGGUCAUCCACUGAGUCAUCCCUCCCCCACCAGGGAAGGGGAGUGACGUUACCGGAAGAGGUUUGGGCUGCUAGUAGAACUUGGCCUCGGGCAUAGGAUUGCAGGUACGGUUUUUCCAUUUUUCUUUCUUCUUUUACAUGCCAGCAAGGGUUACAGCAAGUGACCAUACCAGCGAUGGUUACUCCUUCCAAAAACAGUGUUUAAAAAAAACAAAAAAAAAACACACUGUUUUUGAUUGGAGUAUCCCUUUAAAUUAUCUAAAGCCACUAUACCUAAACCUGUACAUUUAAAGAUAUGAAACUGUCACUGUCAACUUAUCAAAUUUAUCUAUCCCUAUACUGAUUAUACAAAUGUUCCUUAUCUUGUUUUUCUGUAGCUUGGUAUCUACACAUGCUGUCUAACCAGUAGCAGCCUUUAAAAUAAUAAACAAGUUACAUCUCCUCAUUUGCAACAGAUGGCAAAUUAGUGACAGCUGAUUUGCUUGUUAAGCCAAGUUGUUCUUCUUAAUGUGUGAAUGUUCAAUAUUAUAAAUCUAACAAUUUACAGACAGGCACAGUUGGCAACAUGAGUUAUAUGGACAGCAGUAAGAAAUUGCCACUAACUCACUCAAUGUUACAGUUUACAUUAGAACUAUCUUUUCAUUUUAGUUAAGUGCCCUUUAAAUGUUUUUAAAUGAGUGUCAUUCAGUACUGUAAUAUAAUAGAUAUGUGUUAAAUGUGUUACAUGUUUGCAAACAUGCAUUUUGCCAUUAAAAAUUUAGUUUAUGUGUAAAUGCCCAUCACUAUGGUGAUGCUUUUGCUCUUGGUAGAUACUUUUAUCUCAUAUUGCAUAGAAAACCAUAGAUACAUUAUGUUCACAUAUUUCAGUUACAGAUCAAGUUGGGGAAUUCCAUGGUUAUUGUUCCUUUGCAGCUGAGAGCUAUGUAUAGCAAAACAUGCUUUUUGUUUUAGUGUAUUUUUAGCUAAGGGGAAAAGCAUGAUUGUUACAUUGAAUUUACUUAAUCCGCUGCCCUAAUGCUCAAUAGUGAUGUCGCGAACCAUUCGCGAACUUCCCGCGAACGGCUCGCCACGGUUCGUGGCGAGCUCCGGUCAGCUGACACAUCCCUGCCAAUCUCCAGCAGACCCUCCCUCCCAGACCCUCCCACCUCCUGGACAGCAUCCAUGUUGAAGCUGCAUCCAUGUCGAACCGUGGCGAGACGUUCGCGGGAAGUUCACGGGAAGUUCGCGAACGGUUCGCGACAUCACUAAUGCUCAACAUACCGGUAAUACAUGGUGCAAGGGUACCACUCCUGGUUUACAAAGUAAUUGUGAUAAUGGGAUAAACACAACAAAGCAACCCACUGAUUCAGUUACAAAAAAAACAAACACGUAAUGUAUAUAUUUAAAAACCUGAAUUAAAUUGUUUAGUUUUAAACUUCUAGGGCUGAACCAGAGCUUUACUAGCGAAGGCAUUACCAGAUCUGUUUGUUUUUACUAACCGUUAAACACCCUGCUGACAAUGUUAAACCAAACCACAUAUUCCUUAGCUCAAUGCCCAUUCUUUAAAUCUUUCGGCCCCGUUUAUUUUCUAUCAAUUCUUUUUGUUUUUGUUUUAAUAGACUUUAUUUUCCUCUUUUAGUGUCUUAAUACUAAAUAUAAAUAUCAACCCAGCAUUAUAGCACACUAAAUUCCCAUUUUAAUUACUAUAGGCUGUUAUUGACUCAUACUGUAUGCUAAGUAUUUUUUUUUCUCAAACUUACCUAUAACAAUACAAUUCUGUUUUAAUAAAGCCAAAAUGAUGUGGCAGCAAUUAGUUGUAAUUAUAGACAUUGAGACCAAAAUGUUAUAUUGGGGUUAUUCAAGUCCCAAACCAUUCUGCAUUAGCAAAAUUAAAAAUAAGAUAAAUACAACUUGUAUUAUUAAUAUAUUAAACAUAUUUGAUACAUAAAAAUCACUAACAUUGUCUACAUAAUUGACCACAUAAAGACAACUUUUAUGUUACCUAAACUUAAUAUUAUAUUGGUGCCAUAGUUGGCAUAUCAAUUAUAUAUGAUUUGCACUGCAACAAACACACACAGUAUACACACUCAGUGAUGUACACACACCGCUAUACAUACUGUUAAGCACACAAACUUUGAAACAGUGUACACAGGGGCAGACUGACAGCCUUCUGGGCCCCUGGACAAAAUUAGAUCCGGGGCCCUUUGAAGCCAAAUUUUUAAAGGUGCACUAUAGUGCCAGAAAAACAAACUUGUUUUCCUGUCACUAUAGGGUCAUUAGGUCCCCCCCACCCUCAGGAUCCCCCUCCCGCUGGACAGAAGGGGUUAAAACCUUUUCAGCCACUUACCUUUCACCUGAGCCGGGCUCCCUCGGCGCUGGGGAACUCUCCUCCCUCUGCCGAUGUCAGAUUUGAAUGCGCAGCAAGAGCCGUGCGCGCAUUCAAACCGCCCAUAGAAAAGCAUUACUCAAUGCUUUCCUAUGGAUGUCCAGCGUCUUCUUACUGUGAUUUUCACAAUGAGAAUGGUGGAAGCGCCUCUAGCGGCUGUCAGUGAGACAGCCACUAGAGGCUGGAUUAACCCUCAGUGAAACAUAGCAGGUUGUCUGAAACUGCUGUGUUUCAGCGCAUGGUUAAAACUAGAGGGGCCUGGCACCCAGACCACUUCAUUGAGCUGAAGUGGUCUGGGUGCCUAUAGUGGUCCAUUAAGGACUAAGUAAAUGUUAAAAAUAACUUUAAAGUAAGCAGUCAAACCGUUUAAGAACCGUUUGACAGCUUACCUGGGGCUGCUGGGAUAUGAGACUCUAGUAGGGCAUAGGAGCAGUGGUGUGUCUGAGAGGUUUACCAAUAGAUGUCAUUGCGUGUUAGAUUGAUGGGAGCAAGGUUUGCCUUCAUGCAGGGAAAUGAAAUUAAAAGAAGUACAACUUUUAAUGUGUUCAGUUGCGGUCUACUAAAUUAUUAUUAUUAUUAUUAUUAUUUUAUUAUUAUUAUUUAUAUAGGACCAUCACAUUCCGUAGCAAUGUGUGAGGGUUGCAGUGUGUGUGGGGGGUGUAGUGAGUGAAUGUGUGUGGGGAAAUGUGUAUGUGUGUAUGGGGGGGCUGUGUAUGUGUGCAUGUUGGCAGUGUAUGUGGGGCAAUGCAUGUAUGGGGGGGCAGUGUGUGAAUGUGGAUGGUGUGUGUCGGGCAAUGUGUGUAUGUGUGGUGUGUGUAUGGGGGGAAGUGUGUGUAUGGGGGCAGUAUAUGCAGUGUGUGUGUAUAUGGGUGACCUGUGUGUGUGUGUGUGUGUGUGUGUAUGGGGGGCAGUGUAUGUGUGUAUGGGGGCUGUGUGUGUGUGUGUUGGCAGUGUAUGGGGGAGCAGUGUGUGAAUGUGUAUAGUGUGUGGGGGGCAGUGUGUGUAUAUAUGGGUGGGCAGUGUGUGUGUGUGUUGGCAGUGUAUGUGUGGGGGCGGGGGGGCAGUGUGUGGGUAUGGGGGGGCAGUGUGUGUAUAGGGGGGCAGUGUGUGUAUGGGCCUGCUUACCUGUACAAUCUGAUGUUUUCUCCCUCCAGCAGCAGUGGGGCAGGCCAGGCUCCUGUUCUCACCCUCCAUCCACGCUGUAAGUGUGCUCCACGUGAGAGGGAAGCAGGCGGGGAUGUCACUUCCUGCCCCGCCUCCCAUCCUCACACAGAGCACUGAGUGCUGCAGGGAGAGAGAGAGAGAGAGGGGAGAGACCUGGCAGUGAGAGCAAGGUAUGCUGCCAGGUCUCACACUGAUGGGGGGGGGGAUUUACUGACAGAGUGAUGGGUUGCAGGGGCCCUUAGAGUCAUUAUGGGCCCCCAGCAACCUUCCUACUGAUGUGGAGAUCAGAUCUCUGAUCUGAUCUCCACAGCAGAAGCAUGGCUGUGCUGCCGGGCCCCCUGACUGACUCGGGCCCUCGGUCCAUGACCGAUCUGCCAGACCUGUCAGUCCGCCCCUGAGUGUACACACAGUGCCAUCCAUACACAAUGCUUUCUUCACAGUCAGAUGGAGCAGACACAGUAUUUAGUGAUGUUUUAGUGAUUUAGGGAAUUUUCACCUUCCAAAUGUUUUUUUCUCUAAUUUCACUACCUGUGAUGUUAAGUAACAUCCAGUGACAUCAUGUCCUGUGAUGUCACACAUAUAUAAUUAUACAAAUUAGCAUAAUUAGUAUAUUUUUUUCCAAGAAGGGUGGCAACUCUACCCUACUUGUUUUUGUGUGGGGGACUAUAAGUAUCCUGGACUUGCAUAAAGCAGGUGUUUUUUUUUUUUCAAUCCACCACAUGAAUCUUUAUUUUAUUCAUGUUUUUUAACAAAGCUUAUGUUGAGACUAAAGGAGCCAGGUGUUUACCAAUAGAUGUCAUUGCGUGUUAGAUUGAUGGGAGCAAGGUUUGCCUUCAUGCAGGGAAACAAAAUUAAAAGAAAUACAACUUUUAAUGUGUUCAAUUGCGGUCUACUAAAUUAUUAUUAUUAUUAUUAUUAUUAUUUUAUUAUUAUUAUUUAUAUAGCACCAUCACAUUCCGUAGCACUGUACAUUGGGUGGACUAACAGACAUGUAAUUUUAACCAGACAAUUGGACGUACAGGAACAGAGGGGUGGAGGGCCCUGCUCAAUGAGCUUACAUUCUAGAGAAAAUAUUACUGGCAAAAUAAAGUUGCAUUAACUUCAUAAACCUGAUAACUUGCGAGCUAAAUUUGAUGAAAUUUAGAGUCUUUUUAGCAAAUUAAAUAUAAACUAGUAUCUUUUUAUGAUUAUAUAGCUAUGUAGAUGGAUGUGUAUAAAAUGUAUCCCAAAAUGCUUUUCUUCUUGCAUUAUCUCGAAGAAUGGAGUCACAGUCAUAUUUGAAUACCUUUGAUGCAUAAUGAUGUGUGCUUUGUAACACCGCCCAGCUGGAUUUAUCCAUUAGAACAGAUGAAUAGACUGUGGUUUAAACUGAUUUAAAAAAAAAAAAUAUUUCACCUUGUAAUAAUAAAAAGUAGAUAAGAUUCAGUACAAAGUGGGUAAAUAACUAAUUCUAGCAUUCAUUCUCCAGUACAUUGUAGGACUGGGUUACAUGCAAACGUUGAGCUACAUUAGGCAUACCCAAGAUAUCAAGUUAAACCAAACUAUAUAAAAGAACCUGGUGAGUAAACUGAUGUUUGUGGUAGGAUUCAAAUUUUGCAUCGUUGCAUGGUGUUACUAGGUUCAAAUUUGUUUUCAAUAUUUCACUGCUCCCAAUCGUUCCUUUCCAAAACCAUCUCUUUUUUCUCAUGAUGUCUCAGGUAUAUGCACACACACGUACUCUCCCUGCACUUUACAAACAAAUACCCAUAUGUUGUCAGUAACUCACCCGUGAACACACACAGCUCAAACAUUAGUGAUGCAGUGUGCACUUACUUCACUUUGUGGUGUGCACCGUAAUAUUCUGAAGCAUGCAUGCUGGCUGGGAGGUCGCAUCCCAAACACAGAGACAAUCCCAAGAGGCAAGACUGAAAACCAGUAAAAUAUAUUGUAUACAGUGUUGUUUCUCAAUGGCCUACACAAAACAUUCCACUAACACUAAUAAUAGGCACGGGGGCAGGGGAAAAGAUCUGGAGCUGAACAUGUCCCACAUUCGGGACUUCAGUUCUUAUUGUUUCCCCUAACAAUGCCCAUGUAUAGCUAGUAUAAAUAGGCUAAAUAGACCUUUUGAAGCCAUGCUCUUUUUUCCAAUUCCCAUUAAUUCCCUAUUAAAAUGUCUUACUAACUCAUACAUAUCAGGAAAUGUUUUUUUUUUUUUUCCAAUCAUUAUUUAUUUUCGGUAAUGUAGUGCCUACCAAAGCCUCAUCUUCCUUUUUUGAUUGUUUCAGAAGUGAUGUCUGUUGGGGUGUAUAUGCUUCUUGCAUUCACAAAUACCUUCAACUGCUUCACUUGCAAAGAGUGGUUAUUUUAGUAUUUGUGGCCUUUCCGUCUAGUCAUUUCUUGUUGAUAUUUUUCUUUUAAAAUAUUUUUAUAAACUCUAGAGUUUUGUAGUAUGUGAAAAUUCCAAUGGGUCAGCUGUUAAUGAGAUGAUCAGACCACCAUGCUAGGCACCAAGAGUUACAGUAUGGUCAAAGUUCAUGUUUUUCCCAUUGUAAUGUUUGGUCAAAGAGCAACUAAACCUUUUGGCCGUGUCUGCAUCCUAAAGUAUUGAGCUGCAGCUUUUCUAUUUGCAUUAGCAAGAAAGUGCUAAUAAUAAAUAAUAAAGUGUACUGUACGUUUAAUAGAAAUGUUGAUUUGCCUGUGGAAUAUUAUGCUUACCACACAAUAUGUAAUUAAUAAAUCAAUUUUUGCACAGUAUUUUUUUUAUUAUUUUUGUUUAUGUUUUUAUUACAGCAAACACAAAAUAAAAAUGGUGAUAAUAGAUAUGAAAUUACGCCACAUAAAAGUAAUAUGUCACUGUUUAUAACUGACACAAAACUAGACUGACUCAAUUUGUGACUCCCUCUUAUCUACCAUACACUUUUGUUUCUUCCCCUUAUUUGUGUCCCUUUGCCUCAAUUCCAACACACUUUUGCCUCCUUUGGCACCACAGUGCCACUCCCCUUUGUAUUUCUCCAUCCAUCUCUCUUUACUUUUAGUCUAGAAGAGGGGUAGGCAACCUUCGGUAUUCUGAAUGUUGUGGACAACAUCUCCCUUGAUGCUUAGCCAUCAUAAUGGCUGUGAGAGCAUUAUGGAAGAUGUAGUUCACAACAUUGGGACUGCUGAAGGUUGCCUAUCUUUCGUCUCUUUAGACCAGUGGUUCCCAAACCAGUCGUCCAAGAAUUUAUGCAUUUCCAUGUUUUAUUCCAAUGAAGAUACUGACAAUCCUAGACUGUUGGUGGGUCUUGAGGACUGGUUUGGGAAACACUCCUCUAGACCAUUGUCCCAUCUA